AUGGCGGAGUUCAAGACAGUGAAAGAGGAUCUCCAGUCCGCGCUGGUUUCAACUGUCAAAUCCGUCAACAAACUCGCGUCCCAAGAUCUCGCCUUCCAAAGAACCGUCAACUCAGACAACGAUGAACGGCUGGAUGCAAACACUACCCGCCUUUUGACGCUUGCGACGCAGCUCCUCAAAGCCGCUCCCCGGCCCAACCGCUUAGCACCGCCAAAGCUCGAAGAGACCGACGAUGUGGACAUGAACUGGCGCCGCAUUGUCGACAUCAUCGAUGCCACUUUCGAACAGGCCGACCUCGCGCUUGACGAGUAUACCGGUCUGGUGAAGCGGAAGGAAGCGCCAACCACCGAACCUGAAAAUCCGAUUCUGACAAAGAAGCCCCACGCCCUCCAGUCCCUAGAGCAUAGCCUUGUCCUGAGUGCUAAUGCGGAAUCGACUAAUGGUUCCGCAGAGUAUAAACACCCUUAUGAAAUCGAAGUCCUCGAAAUGGAGUACCCGGCUCGAGUGUUCGAGGAGGCUGAGCCCGUCAACUUCCGCCCCAUGGAGGAGAGCAAAGCCACGUGGGUAGACACCUACGAAGGAGUGCUGGAAAUGUUGGAGGAGCUCAAGAAAGCCAAGGAAGUGGCCAUCGAUCUAGAGCAUCACGACUAUAGAACAUAUAUCGGACUUACGAGUCUCAUGCAAAUCAGUACUAGAGAGCGUGACUGGAUCGUGGAUACGCUUCAGCCCUGGAGACAUCGACUCGAGAUCCUCAACGAAGUAUUUGCCGAUCCUAAGAUUGUCAAGGUGUUGCAUGGUGCUUUUAUGGACGUGAUAUGGUUACAGCGGGAUCUCGGCCUCUAUCUUGUUGGGUAUUUCGAUACACAUUUCGCGUCCAGGGCGCUGGGCUACCAGCAACACAGCUUGGCUUUUCUACUCAAGAAGUUUGUCAACUUUGAUGCCGACAAAAAGUACCAGCUUGCGGAUUGGCGUGUUAGACCUAUUCCUGAGGAGAUGUUAUUUUAUGCUCGUUCCGAUACCCAUUUUCUCCUAUACAUCUACGACAUGAUGCGCAAUGAGCUAGUUGAAAAGUCUGACCCAAGCUCGCCGGAGACAGACUUGAUUCGAACAGUGCUUGCCAAAUCGCGCGAACAGUCCUUGAGUCGUUUCGAGAACCCUUACUUUGAUGAAAAAACCGGCGGCGGCAGCAAAGGUUGGUAUAAUACCGUUAUGAAACAACCGAAACCCCUCACGGGUGAGCAGUUUGCUGUUUUCCGAGCGGUUUGGAGUUGGAGAGAUGCUGCGGCGCGCCGCAACGAUGAGAGCGCUCUUCACAGCCUCCUACCCCGACAUGCAUGGGUUGCCAAGGCGGAAGCCAAUCAGCUUUGGAAGGUGAUCCAAGAGGCGCAGGCUAAGGGCGCAGAUGGCCCAACAUUGCAGCAGUUCUUGAUUGAGGGCGCGAAGUUAAAGGAUGGAAAGGCCGGAGAUAAAAGAAACGCGAUCCAGGAUCUUGCUUCUCUCAAUAUUCAGGAGGUCGAGGUGGGACGGCUUCCUCGUUCCCAACUUUUCGGGAAGAUGGAGCUGAGCUCUCGCUGGGAGGACGGAGCUUCAUUGGCUAAGGAUAGUGACGAAUAUGUCCCACUGCCAUGGCAGAGGCACUUUACAACUGAGGAAGUGCAUCUUGCGAUCCGAGAGGUGAACAUGGGCAGCAAAGAAGAAACGGCACUCCCAGCUACGAGAGUAGAGCCAGAACCUGAGCCCGAGGAACCCAUGGAGGACAGUGAAUUUACUCUAAAGACCGGUAUGAAGCGGAAGAGGUUGACUGGCGAGGAUGCCGGCACCCCGGCUGCCACAGUUCCUAAGAAGGACACUCAGAUGGGGGCUGCUGUUGCCACCUCUGGGUCCGGUGCUGGGGCUAAUCCCUUGCCCAGAGAUGCUAGCGAGGGCCGAGACGAAGACUCAGAUGAAGAAGGGGAAGCCGAUGCCGAGGAGACUACUGAUGUCAAGGAAGCGGCUCCCGCCCAGGCCAAAGGAAAGAACGCCCGGCAACGGGCUAACCGCAGAUCUAAGCGGGCACGGAAGGCCCAAGCUAAGACUGAUGGAGCUGGGCCGCUGCAGGAGGAGCCCUUCGACUACAGCAAGGCUCAAUCCGUGCUACAUACCAAGCGGUCUACGAUGCAACCUGCUGGUGGACCAGGAGCUAGGGGUAAGGCGGCAUUCGACCCUUACGCGAAGACGGGCGAUGAUGGGCUCAAGGAUGACAUCCCGUAUGCGUCAGAGGCCCACAACUGGACCAUACCGGAGCGCCUGAACCCGGGUUCUUAUGCCAUCCGCAUCGUAAAUUCCUCUCAACCUGCCACAUUCAGCGACUCGCCAAUAUUCACAGUCAUCCACGCCGCUCCGGUCCCCACCGAAGCCCCAGCCCCUCCUUCGUCCUCUCGGAAAGGCCUCACAUCAGAUGAUAUCAUUGGUUUAGCGACCGGCCUCUCGGUUGCUGCUCUUGUCGCCGCCCUAGCGGUAUGGGCCUGGCGGCACUCUAAGAAUCUGACGACGACGACAACUAUAACGGAGCACCAAGGGGCGGUCUCGGAGAAUGGCAGGCUGUUAGAGGGGGCCGUUGCCAUGUCACCCUCUACCAUGGUGGAAACGGGGUCCGCUGCGGGAGAAGAGGGUAUGGCCGAUCUGGACAAGCUGCCGGAGGGAGUCAUUAGUGGGUGGGCACCAGAGGGUAUCCGCGUUGAUCCUAUCGAGCUGCCUGCGGAAGUAUAUAAGCGGUGGAGCGAUGACACCCGAGAACGUGGUCUAGUUGGUAUCGGAGAACGACUGGAACUAAGCGGCAGCCGAGGCAGAGAUGGGACGGGGAACCCGGAGGUCCCUACUGAACCCCAAGCGCUAGGAUCUUCCGAAACACCUGACCGGAUACUCAACGAGUGA